GUGGAAAUGUUAUUCGCCAGCACCAAGAUUUAAUGACUUCCUAAACUUUUCAAAUACUAUUCAUCACAAAAAUACCCUGAAUCUGAUCAGGCUUCUUCGUGAUAAGAAAGAAGAGUGUGGAGGCUAAACUUUUUCCAAGCUUGAACCCGUGGGAAUUUCGAUAGAGAUGCAAUGACGCACAAAAUUUUUUCCCACCCCUUUUGCCUUCAAGAACUCAGUUGAUUCAUAUGACAGGGAAUCAAACCCAUUCCUCCACAGCCGCAAGGGAGACAACAGACUCCAAUUAAUUUGAUAAAUAUAGUAGAAACAAUCAUGAAAAGGAAUCAGCUUUCGACGUAAACCGAAAUCAUGUUGGUAUCUAGGUGAAGGCAGUGUAAACAUGAACAAGUGCAGGGAUGAUAUUCACCAGACAUACCUACAAGAAGAAGAUAACUUUUACAUGCUUUUGUUUCCCGGUUGGCUUUUGCCAUCCUAAUUUAAGCAUAUUCGCUUCAGCCCAUCUUUGUACACGAAGAGCGCACAAUGAUUCAACAAGCAACAAAGGGCUUCCAGAGGUCAGGUUACAACAUGCCCACAUCAUUCAAACAGGUUUUAGAUACCAGGACAUAUAUCUGCAAAAUAAGCUCGUGACUAGCUAUGUAAAAUGCGGUAAGCUGGGAGAUGCAUGCAAAGUGUUCGACACAAUGAUUGAACGAGAUGUUGUUUCGUGGACCACGCUCAUUGCUGCGCAUGCCAAGCAGGGCUAUUGCCAAGAUGCCCUAAAUGUGUUUUAUCAAAUGUGUCGGGUGGGUGUGCGUCCUGAUCACUUCACAUUUUCUAGCGUUUUGCCAGCAUGUCGGGAUCUUGCCUCGGUUGAACAAAUCCAUGAACAAGCAAUUGUGAAUGUAGUUGAUUCUGAUGUAUUUGUGGGGAACGCCCUUUUAGACAGGUACGCCAAAUGCGGCAGUAUGGAUAAAGCCCGCAAAGUGUUCGAUAUAAUGCCAAUACGAGACGUAGUGUCAUGGAAUUCACUGAUCGCGGGGUAUGGACAGCAUGGACGUGUUGGGGAAGCCUCAGAACUCUUUAGUGAAAUGCCCAAAAGAGAUUUGACUUCAUGGAAUUUGAUGAUUGCAGUGUAUACUCAGAAUGGAUAUAUUGACAAUGCCAGGAAGCUAUUUCAGGAAAUGCCCAGACAGGAUGUUGUGUCAUGGAAUGCAAUGAUUGCAGGAUAUGCACAGAUUGGGCGUUUGGAUGAAGCCCUAGAGCUUUUUCACAGAAUACCCCAGCAGAACGUCGUCUCAUGGAAUGCAAUGAUUGGAGGCUUCUCAAAGAACGGUCAUGCAGAGGAAGCCUUGAGACUUUAUCGACAAAUGCAAUUCAAAGGUGCGAAACCUAAUCCCCAAACUUUUGCAACUGUACUUUCAGCUUGUGCUGAUUUGGAAGAUCUGGACCAGGGUAAGGAGAUUCAUGAAGCUAUAAUUAGUUUCGAAUAUGAAUCCAAUGUUAUUGUGGCCAGUGCCCUUGUUGACAUGUAUGCAAAAUGUGGAAGUCAGGAGAAUGCAUGUGAGAUAUUCAAUAAUGUGCGUCACCGGGAUGUGGUGUUAUGGAACUCCAUGAUUGCAGCACAUGUUUAUUGUGGAGAUAUUGAUAACGCUUUGAAAUGCUUUCAAAACAUACCCCAACGGGACACAAUCUCAUGGAAUUCCAUCAUCGGAGGAUACGCACGGAAUGGGCAUACUGGCGAAGCCCUAAAACUUUUUCAGGAGAUGCCCAAAAGAAACGUGAUUUCAUGGAACACAAUGAUCACAGGUUAUUCUCAAAACGGCCAUGCUGAAGAGGCUUUAGAGCUUUUUAGACGAAUGCAAUCUGCAGGCAUAAAACCUAACUCGCAAACAUUUGCUGGCAUUCUCCCGGCAUGUGCCAACUUAGGAUAUCUGUUACAGGGCAAGGAGAUACACGAAGAAAUAAUUAGGAGUGGAUACUGGCUUGAUGUUUUCAUGGGAAGUGCCCUCAUAGAUAUGUACUCAAAGUGCGGGAGCAUAGAGAGUGCAUGGUGUGUUUUUGACAAAAUGCCUCAGCAAAAUGUUGUAUCAUGGAAUGCAAUGAUUGCAGGAUAUGCCAUACAUGGCUGUAGCAAUGAAGCCCUCAAACUCUUUAAAGAUAUGCAGGAGUCAUGCGUAAAUCCAGACUAUGUCACCUUUGUUGGCAUACUGUCUGCUUGCUGCCAUGCGGGACUGGUGGAUGAGGGCUGGCAAAACUUCAACCUCAUGACUCAAUAUUAUAACAUCACACCUACAGCAGAACACUAUAGUUGCAUGGUUGGUCUUCUUGGUAAGGUUGGACAACUGGAUGAGGCAAAAAAUCUUAUUGAUAGAAUGCAUAUAAAACCUGGUUCAACUAUUUGGCUGUGCUUACUUGGUGCCUGUAAAGUCCAUGGCAAUAUUUUACUGGGAAAACAGGUUGCAGAAGUCCUUAUGUCAUUGAACCCAAAAGAUGCUGCACCUUAUGUGAUGCUUUCCAACAUAUAUGCCGCAAGUGGCAAAUGGGAUUGCACUGAAAAAGUGUGGAAAACAAUGAAAGACGGGGGUUUGAAAAAGGAAUUUGGCUGCAGUUGGAUUGAAGUAAAUAAACAAAUGCAUGUUUUUUUUGCAAGCAAGGUUGAAUUUUGACUUCUGCCUUGAUCUCUAGGAAAUGCUUUUGUGAUGUUCUUGGAUUUCAAUUUUCUUUCAACCACUUUUCAAAAUUCAUUGUCCUGACAAGUUAAUAUUAGAACAUCAAAUUUCCAAGUAAAUUGUGCAAAAUGAGGGAUCUGUUUGAACUAGACGCUGGAAAAAAUUAU